GAUCGUUUUAUUUACAGUUUUAUAUCGGGCUGAUUAGGUAAAGGACUCCAUCCUCAACAUGGUGGUUUUUAAUGGGUUGCUGAAAAUAAAGAUUUGCGAAGCUCUGGAUCUGAAGCCCACGGCGUGGUCUUUAAGGCAUGCGGUUGGACCAAAGACCCAGACCUUCCUGUUGGACACCUACAUUGCCCUGAACGUGGACGACUCUCGCGUGGGCCAGACCUCCACCAAGCAGAAGACCAACAGCCCGGCAUGGAACGACGAGUUCGUUACGGAGGUGCAGGACGGGAGGAAAAUAGAACUGUCGGUUUUUCACGAUGCGCCUAUCGGAUAUGACGAUUUCGUGGCCAACUGCACCAUACAGUUCGAGGAUCUGCUGCAGAACGGCAGCAGACACUUCGAGGACUGGAUUGACCUGGAGCCAGAAGGGAAGGUGUUCGUCAUCAUCGACCUGUCGGGAUCCUCCAGCGAAGAAGCCUCGGUGUCCAAUGAGAAUGAGGAGCGGGUGUUCCGGGAACGCCACAGGCCGCGGAAACGGCAGGGGGCGGUGCGGAGGCGGGUCCACCAGGUCAAUGGGCACAAGUUCAUGGCCACCUACCUACGGCAGCCCACCUACUGCUCCCACUGCCGCGACUUCAUCUGGGGGGUGAUCGGAAAACAGGGAUACCAAUGUCAGGUGUGCACCUGUGUGGUGCACAAGCGAUGCCACGAGCUCAUCAUCACUAAGUGCCCAGGGAUGAAGAAGCAGGAGGAUGUGCCGGAGGAGGUUGGAUCCCAGCGCUUCAGCGUCAACAUGCCUCACAAGUUUAGCAUUCACAAUUACAAAGUCCCCACCUUCUGCGACCACUGCGGCUCCCUGCUCUGGGGCCUGCUCAGACAAGGCCUGCAGUGCAAAGUGUGUAAGAUGAACGUUCACAGACGCUGCGAAAGCAACGUGGCCCCGAACUGUGGCGUAGACGCUCGGGGAAUUGCCAAAGUUCUGUCAGACCUGGGAGUCACGCCCGACAAAAUCUCCAACAGCGCACAGCGGCGGAAAAAACUGAAUCCAGGACAGGACCCCCAGCAAGCUGUCCCUCCAGAUGAAGAGGAGCACUCUUUCUCUGCCCCGACCACCCCCUGUGAUCAGGAAUUAAAAGGCCUCGAAAGCAUCAGUAAGACUCUGUCGUUUGACCACCGCGGUCAGGAGCACAAGCCAGCCCUGUCGUCCCCCACGGAGGGUCCCAUCAGCGAGGGGCGGGAGAACGGGGAGCUCAAAAGCGUCAAUGCCAAGCGCCUGAGCCUGGCCGACUUCAUCUUCAUAAAAGUCCUGGGGAAGGGCAGCUUCGGCAAGGUGAUGCUGGCGGAGCUGAAGGGCACGGACGAGGUGUACGCCGUCAAGGUGCUGAAGAAGGACGUGAUCCUGCAGGACGACGACGUGGACUGCACCCUGACGGAGAAGCGCAUCCUGGCGCUGGCCAGGAGGCACCCCUACCUGACACAGCUCUUCUGCUGCUUCCAGACCAAGGACCGCCUCUUCUUUGUGAUGGAGUACGUGAAUGGCGGCGACCUCAUGUUCCAGAUCCAGCGCUCCCGCAAGUUCGACGAGCCACGAUCCCGCUUCUAUGCCGCUGAGGUCACGUCUGCCCUCAUGUUCCUGCACCAGAACGGGGUCAUCUACAGAGACCUGAAGCUGGACAACAUCCUGCUGGAUGCGGAGGGUCACUGCAAGCUAGCAGACUUCGGGAUGUGCAAGGAGGGCAUCAUGAACGGGGUCACCACCACCACCUUCUGCGGGACCCCCGAUUACAUCGCACCUGAGAUUCUGCAGGAGCUGGAGUACGGCCCCUCGGUGGACUGGUGGGCGCUGGGGGUCCUCAUGUACGAGAUGAUGGCGGGACAGCCCCCCUUCGAGGCCGACAACGAGGACGACCUGUUCGAGUCCAUCCUGCACGACGACGUGCUGUAUCCGGUCUGGCUCAGCAAGGAGGCGGUCAGCAUCCUCAAAGCGUUUAUGACGAAGACUCCUCAUAAGCGUCUGGGCUGUGUGGUGGCCCACGGCGGGGAGGAGGCCAUAAAGGCACACCCCUUCUUCAGGGAGAUCGACUGGGUCCUUCUGGAGCAGCGGAGAAUCAAGCCACCCUUCAAACCCAGAAUCAAAACCAAAAGGGACGUGAACAACUUCGACCAAGACUUCACCCGCGAGGAGCCCAUCCUGACCCCGGUGGAUGACGCCGUCAUCAAGCAGAUCAACCAGGACGAAUUCAAAGGCUUCUCUUACUUCGGGGAGGAGAGUCUGUCCUAAGCCCCGUCCCCUGACCCACCACCAUAACAAAACACACGAGCCACCUGAUCCACUCGGAUACUCCUCAACUUCCUCACUCCGUAACUGAACCCAGAACUGACCCUCAUCUCGGCCGGUGCCCGCGUCUCCGCCCGACACCUGUUGUCAUGGCUACGCCUUUCCUCCCUGGAGCUGCAUCCCUGCAUCCCUGCUCUAAUUUUGUUCCCUGCCGUUUUUUUUUUAAUCGGCAUCGUCUGUGUGUGAAGGACCAGCGGGUGCCAUCCUCCCCACCCACGUCUCUCCUGUUCCAUUCGUCUGUCCAUCUGGAGCUCGCAGGGUUACAUUCCCGUGGCGGAUGCUCUUGUCCGCCUUUGCGCGGACGUGGAACUGACGUCGCUGAGCAGUGAGCGCAAAGCGGUACUUCCUUCACCCAAACGGUCUGUGUUCCUUCACCGGAGCUGUCUGUAGGGCAGCGUCCCCCAUGGCCCAGAGAAAAAUGGCCACUUCUCCCUGUGUGGGUGCUACCUGCUUACCCUGUCAAUCAAAUCCCACAUGACCACCUGCUGUCCAACAGAGGGGGAGAAUAGUGUGGCUGGGCUCUGUGUGGGAGUGGCUAAGCUACAGGUGGGCAGGUUUGUGAUCUGAGUGGUAUCAGGCAUUGGCGAUUACAGCACUGGCUGUUUUUCGCUGUACAUUCAUUUUCUCUCAUUAAAGAACUUUUCUCAGGCCUGUCUCUCUCUCUCUCUCUCUCU